AUGGAAGAAGUUGGCGAACUUAAGAGUCGAAAAAUUUCUGAAAAUGAAUUUUCAUAUAAUUGGCACUUUUGUAAGAGAGGACCAUUCUUUUCAUGUAGGAGUCCUAUUUUCGGUACUUUAUGCAGUUCAUUCUCAGACUGUUAUUUGCUUUUCCGUUUAGACGUCUUUUUCAAUAAUUGUGUAAUUAUUUUCUACUUUGAUGACUGUUAUGUUCCAAGUAAAGUGUCCAGUGUAAGUCUUAAGAUCUUCACUUCAAAUGGGCAAUCUUAUCCAUUGACAUCACUUAGGAUUGUGGAUGAAUGUGGCUUCACAUCAAGAACGAAGAUAUGUGAAUUUCACUUAACAUAUGAAUUGUAUUCAACUUCAGAAAAUUUUCUUUUUACACUCCAGUUAAAACUACCCAAAGCUCUCACAGCCCCAGUUAACGAAGAGUCAAGAAACAAACCUUAUGUUGAUAAUCCGAACGAGUUAAUUCAAGAUUUAAGAUCUAUUUAUACUUCAGGCGAAAUGUGUGAUUUAGAAAUUCGCAUUGGGGAAAACAUACUUCGUGCUCACAAGUUCAUGUUAUGUUCCCGCUCGCCAGUUUUCAAGAAAAUGUUGGAACAUGACUGCUUAGAAUCCUCAUCCAAUUCUAUUACCAUCACUGAUUGUUCUGAGAUUCCGUUUAAAAAGUUUUUGAUGUACCUCUACACUGGCGAGAUUGAAGAUCUAUCAAUGGACACUGUUGUGCCACUGUAUUCGUUAGGUGACAAGUAUGAUGUACCAGCGUUACAGUACGCUUGUUCUGAUAUAUUGCAAAACAAACUAUCAGAAUCAGUUGAUGACGUGGCUAAUAUUGUUUGCGAUGUCUUGCAAUUAGCUGAAUUGCAUAAUGACAUAAAAUUGAAAGAUUUAGCUGUUAGUUUUAUUGUGAAACAUUUUUCGGUGGUAUCUAAUACACAAGGUUGGAGAUAUUUAAUGAAAAAUGAUUUCACAUGUAAAUUUCUUGCCCUAGUAGUUGCUGCUCGCCAAAAAUUGCGAACUUAA